AAUACCCGAUUUAGUUCGGUGUCCUUAUCAUAAAUUGACACCAUGCUCAAUUGAAAAAACACAGUAACACAAAUCAAGCAUCGGAAAAACCGAAAAACACAGGAACACACAUCCAGAAGAACAACUCCCACGUCUUCAAUUUUUAAAUAUCUUUGAUCUUGACCGUGGUGAAAUUGGUGCUCAAACUCAAAAUCAAGCAUCAGAAACUUCAUUGGGAGAUAAAAAUGAGAAUUUAGCACUUAAAGCGAGUUUAAGAAAAGUUAAGAUCUUCAAAGAGUACCAAUCCUUAUCAUGUAUGCAUGUUAGCUCUUCCUAAAUAGUCCCAAUCGCUACUCCCAACCGCUUAGUACUCUUCUUGCUGGAAAUUGAAAAAAAAAUACAUCUUUCCUGAGUUUGAUUAAUCUUUAUUGCUGGAAAUUGGUAAUCACAUAGUUGCAUUUGGAGGUCAGAGAACUCAAGACUUAUGAGUCCAAUGCAUAUACAUCCUCUGAGCACACCAAUGCCUAUCAAUAUUUAUGAAUCCAAUGCCUAUACAUCCUCUGUAAAAUAUCAUUUAUAAUGGAAUCUCUCUCUCAAAUUUAGGUUUCUGCAACUGCUAAAUAAUAGUUGUUUUGUUUUGUAUCUCAUAGGGAACUGGGAUACACUUUAGGUAAAGCCAAAGGCAAGAGGGGUAGAUAUAAGAGAUGAACUCCUAAAGGGUGUUUAUGAAUUAUCAUGCCCAACUUUCUUGCAUUAUGAAAUAUGAAUCGUUGGUUUACAUUCUACAUCAUAUGUGUGCGUUUAUAUAGGGUUAUAUUCUUCAGCUGGGAGAAUAUAAAGUUUUCUAGUAGUGUGAAGAUCACAUCUAAUAAAUCUGUUAAUUUCUUGUUGCAGGUAUCCUAUCAUUAAUCGAAUCACUCAAUGCACCGAAGAUAUUUAUCAUCAUCAUCAUCAUCAUCCAUUCUCUCUCAUUUCAAUUCUCUGAACAAAUUCCAAUCAAGUCCAACCCACCAUUUAUGUCACUCAAGAACCCUAACAACAGUAGACACAACCACAACCAGAGAUCAUUCAUAUGCAGACAUACCAAAACCUCCCAAGAGCAAGUCCGAGAGAAAACCCUACCCAACACCCAUGAAAAUUCUUGUUCAAAGAGCCAAGCAAGAAAAAGAAGCAAGAAAGGCACAACCAUGUAAAUUACUAGAAGACCCCCCGGAAAACGGCCUACUUGUUCCAGAACUCGUUAGUGUAGCCCAUCAAGUUUAUCAAGCUAGAGAAUCGAUAUUACUCGGUUUAUCAAAGCUCGUGAAUGUCAUUCCAGUUCUUCGAUGCAGGCAUUGUUUUGAGGUUCACAUCGGUCAGGUCGGGCACGAGAUCAGGACAUGUAGCGGUCCAAAAAGCGGUCUUCGAAAUGCUACCCACGUGUGGCGAAAAGGAAUGGUACAUGACGUAAUUUAUUUUCCAAAAUGUUUCCAUCUUUAUGAUCGUGUUGGGAAGCCAAGAGUUAUACAUAAUGAAAGCCGCUCCUUUAAACAACUUCCCGCCAUUGUUGAGCUCUGCAUACAAGCCGGAUUGAAUCUUGAAAACUACCCUACAAAAAGAAGAACAAGACCCGUGUAUAGCAUCGAAGGUCGGAUUGUAGAUUUUGAGGAUACUCAAGUUGAUUCUAGUUUGGAUUGUUCUUUGAACAGUGAACUGCAACCCAAGGGCGAUUUAGGGAAUUGUGAUUUGAAUAUAAGGGAAGUAAGUAGCAUGGUGUUGGAUUCAUGGUUUGAGAUGAUAUCAGGGGCGAAGAAGAUGAUGGAGAGAUAUAAAGUGCAUACAUGUGGGUAUUGUCCGGAGGUUCAGGUGGGUCCCAAGGGGCAUAAAGUUAGGAUGUGUAAGGCGUCAAAACAUCAGUCUCGAAAUGGUAUGCACGCGUGGCAGGAAGCAACGGUUUUUGAUCUGGUGGGACCGAACUACGUGUGGCAUGUUGCUGACGUGGCGGGUGAGGUCCCACUUUGUAAUGAUUUGAAGAGGUAUUAUGGGAAGGCUCCUGCGGUUGUGGAGAUGUGUGUGCAAGCGGGGGCACGGGUCCCGGAUGAGUAUAGGAGUAUGAUGAGAUUAGAUGUUGUUCCUCCGUGUCGUGAUGAAUUGGAUCUUGUUACAUGAUGAAUUCGAUUUAUCCUGUGAACAUAUGGAUGUAGAUGAUCAAAUAUCAUUUUCAUAUUUUCUUGUGUUUAUAUGUUUGUAUUCCUUAGCGUUAGAAAUUUGGACAUGAUCUAUGACAUUUGAGUUUUGAGGUUAUAAUUUACAACUUAUAUGAAAGAAACAGUUCAUUA